AGCUUGUCUCGUCAUACAAAGCAAUAAAAAAUAUAUUGUCUCAGUAUAAGUUACCAUGAACCGAAUAACUUUGCGUCCGUGUGUAUACAGGAAAGCAAGCGCGAGCGGCGGCUGGCGGACGAGGACGCGCUGCGCAAGAUCAAGCAGCUCGAGGAGCAGAAAUACGAGCUGCAGAAACAGCUCUCCUGCGCCAGGCCCAAUGCGGACCCGCUGCACGGAUUCUCCAGGCCAUUCGCUGGCUCGCCGGAAGAAGAAGCGCUGCUGAACGAGAUGGAGGUCACGGGCCAGGCCUUCGAGGACAUGCAGGAGCAGAACUCGCGGCUGAUACAACAGCUGCGCGAGAAAGACGACGCUAACUUCAAGCUUAUGUCGGAGCGGAUUAAGGCGAACUCGCUUCACAAACUGUUGCGCGAGGAGAAACAGCUGCUUCAGGAACAGGUAGUGACACGCGACCAGCAGAUUGAGUCGAUGGGCGCGGUGGCGCGCCGGCUCGAGGAGAAAGAGCGACUGCUGCAGGCCACGCUCUCCGCCGUCGAGAAGGAGCUGCUCCUGCGCCAACAGGCCAUGGAGAUGCACAAGCGCAAGGCCAUCGAGUCCGCACAGUCCGCCGCUGAUCUCAAGCUGCAUCUCGAAAAAUACCACGCGCAAAUGAAGGAAGCACAACAAGUGGUCGCGGAGAAGACCAGCGCGCUCGAGGCAGAGGCGUACAAAACUAAACGGCUUCACGAGGAAUUGGCUAUAUUGCGGCGUAAGGCAGAGAGGAUGAAGAAAAUGGAGCAAGCCGGCAGCAGUAUGGACGAAGUGUUGCUCGAGGAGAUCAGGGAAUACAAGGAGACGCUCACAUGCCCGUCUUGCAAGGUAAAACGCAAGGAUGCGGUGCUGACGAAGUGUUUCCACGUGUUCUGCUGGGACUGCCUGCGCACGCGCUACGAGACGCGCCAGCGCAAGUGUCCCAAGUGUAACGCGGCCUUCGGCGCCAACGACUACCACCGCCUGUACCUCUCUACCUAGGCACCCCCACCGCAUCGUGGGGACCCGGACCGCGCCUACUGGGUCCCACCUUUAGAUUGUAAAGUUACGCCGCACUUGGGUGCAGGUACAUGGAUAGAAAGAGGUUCUAAAAACCACGUGACAAAUGGUACGCUCGCCCUGUGUUUUAUCGAUAUCGAUAGCGCGGGGCUGGAUCUCGCGGUAGUGACGUGUCGUCGCACCCUCAUACUGAGUUAGGCUUAAGAUUUUACCCCUGCGAUAGAUCGGGCCACACGAUACCGUGCUGUAUACUGCAGGAUCUCAAGAUCUUAAGCACGCUUCACACCUAUCUAUUUUUGUCUCACCAAUUAUUAUAUUGUUAUAAAUAUGGUACGAUGAUCCUUGGUCAGGCCACGCGUGUGGUUGUGACUCCGGUUUAUUUUGCUACGACAUAUCACAAUAUAUAGAAGUUAUUGUAUUAGUUAUUGGUCCGUUACACCAUGCAAGAGUCUAAUUAUAUAGAGUACGGCUGGUUAUAGAAAAUCGCAUCGAUAAAAAGCCGACUUGUCAAAUGUUUGUUUAUUGUAUAUCGACUAUGCGUUGAAGUAUUGUUGGAUCCACUGUGCAGUGUCAGUGAAUUGGUAUCAAUAUUCCACAUAACCUAUGACGUUUGCUUUAAAAAAGAAUAUUUGUCUGAUACAUAACUUUAUAUGAUAAUACAAUUCAGAUUUUAUUGAAUAUAUAACGAAUUUAAUGUAAAUGCUGCGCUAGUGAAUUUGAAGUGCGUGUAAAAUGAUUGUUGGUUGUCCGUAGCGAAACACGAAUGUACAAACAAGAUUGUUCGUGCGAUGAGGCACGAUGUUGUUGCAAUGGUUUAUUCAGAAUCAUUCGCAAAUACUUUUCUCAUUCCUAAUUAGCUUAAAGUAAUGACAGCAAAUCAUCCUUUGUCUAAAUAUGUAAGGUAAAGUUAAAUGCAUUUCGUAGACUUGUAUAUUGGUUCAGUUUUAUAUUGAUGUUGUAUAAUAAUUAUAUCAUGAAAUCGAACAAGUCGAUGUCAAUCUGUAUUUUAGUUUAAGAUUUAUUUUGUAUAGGAAAUGAAACGAACUCGUCAGAGUGAAUUAAAUGAAGUUUUUCUGUCACGCAAAUUUUGAUAAACUUUGUAAUCAGUAUCUAACCUUGGUGUAGUGGGUGUAAUAGUUUUGAAUUCAGAUUUUAUAGCACUAUUUAUAAAAGUAAGCAGUAGGUUCGUUGUAGGUAGUUAAGAGAAAUGGAGAUUUUAGUAAAUUAUGACGUUGCGCAGGAGUGCAUGCCCGUACAUAUUAUACUGGUUAUAUUACAUUUAAUAGUAAUACAUAUUAUCUUACUAAUAUUAUAAAUGCAUAAGAUUGUGAAAAUCUUUGGAUGUUUCUAUGUUUGUUGGAAGUAAACGCAGGAUCAACUGAACGGAUUUGUAUGAUAUUUGGCACACGGGUAGACUAUGUCUUGGAUUAACACAUAACUAUUUCAUCCCUGUAAUUUGCUCCUAUUUGUUCAACUAGAUGGCGCUUUGCGUUCUAAAGUGUUUUGGGCACUUUUCUAGUGGAGAAGGCUCUCACGCGGACGAAGCCGCGAGCAACCCCUAGUUAUCCAUAAAAUAAGUAUAUAUUUCAUCAUAUCUCACUCCUUUAAUACUUCCAUAUUUCCACGGGGAGGGCAUAAAGAUCCUAGACAAAUACCUAUAUUUACAAAUCUUGUCUGUUUGUAUAUUACUAUAUUUUAGUGUUCUCAUACAAGUAGCGUCGAAUCGUGGCCUUAGGUUUGUCUUGCUAUGUUAAUGUAUAUGAAUGAGUAAAUGAACUCAAGUCAAACUUAUUCGGAAUUUGCGCGACAAAAAAGCAUUGUAGGUGACAUUAAAUAUCAUUGUAUUCGUUCAGUAGUAACCACGCAGCCCACUGACUGAUGUACUAUUUAUAUAUUUUAGGUUAAUUUUUUUCACUGGGCUUACAACUUGUUGGCAUGAAUGAAAGAGUAUACGUAAGUGAAUGCUCCGGGAAGCGUAUAGCAGAACUGUAGUUUGAUAGCAAUAAAAUAAUGCCUAUAUCAGUAACUGUUAUGCCGCUGUAAUUGUUGCUAGAUUUGAAGAUUUAUUGUAUUUAUCAUAUUAACAAUCUAUCUUUCAUUUAGUUGGUGUGAUCACAUCGGUUAGGUGAAAUGUGUCUGCUGUAAAAUAUCGGGGAUCAAUUUAUUUGACAGUAUUGAGUUAUUUAUAAAGUGAAUGAAAAUAUUUCUACUAGGAGCUUUGUUAAGUUUUCAUGUUAUCGAUAAGGUACCUUUCGUUGUUAGGCGUAGGGAUUAUCAACUUGACUAUGUAACUACUAGUUGGACGUGAAAGUUCUUCGAAUUUCAACCUAAUGUGUAUAGAAACUGAAUUAAAAUAAAAUUCAAUUGGUAAUAAUAGCUGUUGUAAAAUAUUUUUGUCCCUCGCAUCGUAUGUUCCUUAGGUAUUUGGGGCAUCUUUACGUGAUAUCAAAUGUUUAAAUGCCGAUAUGUGCAAUAACAAAUUCUGAUAUUAUAAUAUUCGGAGAACUCCUAUACAAUUUGGUAAUAAAGUCAAACUAUGUAAAAUAUAAAUUUUGAAACGUAUAAAUCUAAAAUGUAAUAUUUUAAUGAAGUAUGUCAAAUAAAUGUCUCAAAUUAAAACUGAUUCUCAUUGAAAUUUUAAGAGCGGGUGUUAUUAUUAAAGUUACGAUAUUUCGCUUACGUACGAUUGAAACGAUUUCGAUCGUUCUCUGAUCGAUCGCCAAAAUGGACCAAUCAGAAUAGAGUUUGUCCGACAUGCUGGCAGAUGACAUGAUUUUAAUUGGUUUAUUCUCGGGAUCAAUCCAAAAACAGCGGAUUGAGAUGUUUAUCGAUUUUGGAGUUUAAAAAUGAAACAAAUGUUUUCCAUGAUUUUCAUUAUAUUUUUCUAUGUACAUACUCCCUAUGUAUUUACAUAACGUGAUUUUACAAUUGAAAGAUACCAAGUACAUGCUUAAUGGUUAUAAUAAAUUCACUGACGUGGGAUGUGAGAUGUUAAAACAUUUCGGUUUCCAGUAUAACGUUACAAAACUAACGGUUAGCACCUGAAGCAAGCGAUGCGUAUGGACGAAGCAAUCUGGUUUGUACUAUUUACAUUUAAACUUUACAAUAUCGAUGCUCUAGCCACGUCACCUCAUUGUUCUGUAGCGCCAACGUAUUCUAACCAACACUUACAAUAAACGUAAAUAUAAUUUCA